AUGAUGGCGGAGACCAAGGCGGUGGCUGCUGCGGUGGAGGCGAGUCCGGUGGAGGUGGAGGAGGGCAGGAGCAAGACAGUGGAGGCGAGUCCGGUGGAGGAGGGGAGGAGCAAGACGGUGGCUGCUGCGGUGGAGGAGGGGAGGAGCAAGACGGUGGUGCUGGUCGCCGUGGACGACAGCGACGCAAGCUACCGCGCGCUCGAGUGGGCCGUGCGGCACGUGGCGGCGACGGCCGGCAUGGCCGGCGCCGGAGCGGUGGAGCUCGUUGUCCUCCACGCCAAGCCGCCCACUUCCCUCGCCGUCAACAUGGGCGGCCCCGGCGUGCCCGGCGACGUGGUGGGGUUAGUGGAGGAGGACCUGCGCAAGAAGGCCGAGGGCGUCGUCGGCAAGGCGCGCAGCCUCUGCGCCGCCAACUCGGUGGAGGCCGUGGUGGACGUGGUGGACGGGGAGCCGAAGCACGUCCUGUGCGACGCCGUCGAGAAGCACCACGCCGAUCUGCUCGUCGUCGGCAGCCAGGGCUACGGCGCCAUCAGGAGGGCAUUGCUUGGGAGCGUGAGCGACUACUGCGCCCACCACGCGGACUGCUCUGUGGUGAUUGUCAAGCAGCCCGGGUCCAAGAACUGA